AUGGAUCCAAUCUCACCAUUCGUCUUCGGCAUCACUACGCCAAAGGUUUUCUUCGGGCCCGGCACGUUGAACGAGCUACCCGGCGAGCUCAAGUCUCGAAACCUCGCGAAGCCGCUCAUCAUAUGCUCACCCUCUCGGACAUCGCUCGCGACCAAGAUACAAGCGAAGUUGUCGGAAGCCGGCAUCACGGACAGUGAGAUCCUCGACACCGCCAUCGUCCACAACCCGAGCGACAUCAUCGAGCCCGCCGUGGACCGCGCCAAGGGCCGAGAUGUCCUCAUCUCCGUCGGAGGCGGGAGCGCCGUUGGCCUCGGGAAAGCCAUCGCUUACCGCACGGGGAUGCCGCAGGUUGCCAUCCCGACGACCUACUCGGGCUCGGAGAUGACGCCAAUCAUCGGAGAGACCAAGGACGGCAAGAAGACGUCGUACACGGAUCCUAAGAUCCUGCCCAAGGUGGUCAUAUACGACGUGGACCUGACAAUGGACCUGCCGGUCAAAGUCAGCGGACCGAGUGGUCUCAAUGCCAUGGCACACUCAUUCGAGGCACUCUACUCCCGUCAAGCCAGCCCAAUCACGGAUCAUUUUGCCCUCGAGUCCAUCAAGGCGUUGUCUAGCGCUCUUCCUGUGAUUGCCUCGAACCCGUCGUCGGUGGAAGCCCGCACGUCGGCGCUGUACGGUGCAUUCCUGGCCGGGUUCCUGGCCACGGCGACCGGCAUCGCGCUCCAGCACAAGCUCGCCCACGCCGCGGGUGGCACUCUCAACCUGCCCCACGCCGAGACGCAUUCGAUUUUCCUCCCGCACAGCAUGGCGUACAACGCGAGCUGCUUCUCUGAGAGCAUCAUCGCCAAGCUAUCGUCGGCCCUUGCUCAGAGCACGGAGAGUUCUGCCGCCGGCGUUGUGCAAGGUUUGAACGAGCUGCUCCGCCUUCUGGAUAUUCCGACAGGGCUCAAGCACGUGGGUAUGCUGGAGAAGGACAUUGGCCGCGUCACGGACGUUGCGUCGGACACGCCUUACUGGAACCCGCGCCCGCUCGAGAAGGAAAAGAUCCGGGAAAUCAUCCGGAGGGCGUGGGCGGGCGAGCAAGCCAAGACGGAUCUCUAG